UUGUAAUACAAAAUUUGCACGACUUAUGUCCAUUAUGAUCCUGUACAGUACCGUGGAUAAAUGAAAACAAAAUUUAACGCAGUGUUUUAUGGUACAUACUUUCUUGAUCAUGAUGCUCUGUCCGUCAUACAACAGUAACCUCACUUUGAAAGAUGAACACCCAAUGGGUUGAAUGGAGUUAAAUUUAUAUAUCCUGUCCGUGCAAUCAAUCAUGAAAAUUUAUUAUCUUUUUAGGACAGUUACAGUACAGGUGUGUUCGCUUUUAUAUACUUUCAUCGUGUUAGAUCUACUUGAGGUUUACAUUUUAAAAGUGUGGAUGUUCAACUUUAGGAAAUUUGAAAUUCACCAUCAAGAUGAAUGCAUAGGAAAUUAACUGAAUAUCAAAAUAAGCAGUUAGAGGAAUUAGAACGAAACAUGUCUAAAUGUGAUAUAUGUGAUAAAACAUUCAGUCGUGUAUAUAAUCUUCAGAUACAUAUGAGAAUACAUACUGGAGAUAAACCAUUCAAAUGUGAUAAUUGCGACAAUUCCUUUAAUUAUCAAUGUGAACUAGAAAGACAUGAGAGAUUACAUACAGGGGAGAAACCAUUCAAGUGCAAAGCAUGUGAUAGCACAUUCAGGCUUAGUGGUGACUGUAAGGCACAUAUGAGGAUUCAUACUGGAGAAAAACCUUACAAAUGUGCCGUUUGUGACAUGUCAUUUUCCUUGAAUACUAAUCUUAAAAGACAUCAACGAAAACAUAUUGGGAAAAAACCAUUUAAGUGUGAUGUAUGUGAUAAGACAUUCAGAGAAAAAAGUGACCUUAAGUCACAUAUGACAGUACAUACAGAAGAAAAAUCAUUCUUAUGUGACGUUUGUAACAUUUCCUUAAAGACUAAAAAUUCUCUGCGGAGGCAUAUGACAGAAGUGCAUGUAGGAGAAAAACUUUUUAAAUGUGAUGUAUGUGAAAUGUCAUUUGUUUCCAAACAAUAUCUUACAAGACAUCAGGCAGCACAUACAGAUGUAAAAACAUUUAAAUGUGGUAUUUGUGAUCAUGCAUUUAGAGAAAAGAAUGAUCUUAAGGCACAUAUGAGUGUACACACAGGAAAUAAACCGUUCAGAUGCAAUUUUUGUGGCAGUUCGUUCAGUUCUAAUAAAUAUCUUACAAAUCAUAAAAGAACACAUACUGGAGAGAAGCCUUUUAAAUGUGAUGUUUGUGACAAGUCAUUCAGUCAUAGAACUAAUCUUAAAAGACAUAAGAGGAUACAUACUGGAGAAAAACAAUUUAAAUGUAGUAUAUGUGAUAGUGUGUUUAGAGACAAGGGCUAUCUUACUAAACAUAAAAUAAUUCAUACAGGAGAAAUGCCGUAUAAAUGUAAUAUUUGUGAUGCAUCAUUUCGUUUUGAACCAAAUCUUGUAAGACACAUGAGAAUCCAUACAGGAGAAAAGCCAUAUAAAUGCAAUAUUUGUGACUUCUCUUUUAGUAUCAGCUCUAAUCUUACAAGGCAUUUAAAAACACAUGUACACGCAGCAAAGGGAGGCAAAUUUAAAUGUGAUUUAUGUGACCGUACAUUCCGAGCAAAGAGUUAUCUUAUAAAACAUGUAAGCGGGCAUUUAGAAUAAAUACCAUUUCAGCUGGAUUUAUGUCAAGGAAUAUUGAGGAAAAAAAACACUUAGAAUUA